UGCAUUCUAGAGACUUUAACUGAUUUUAUUUUUGUUUAUGAACAAUUUUUUCAUUGGACAAUGAAUAUCUCUAUGUUAAAAAUGAACUCCGUUUAAACCAUGUAAACCUGCUAUUAGAUUAUCAUGUUUAUCGCUGCUGGAAGUUAUCUAAUAAAACGUUGAUUAUUUAUAUUAUUAAAAAAUAUCAAAUUAUUAUGUUAUCAAGAGUGACAGUUAAUAUUAUUAGGAGAUCAAUAUGUAAUAAUGCACGUGCGCUUUAUUGCGCAGGAGAUUCUGUACAAUCAAAUCUUUUAAUUCAUGACAACAGUACAAAACAGCAUAGUAUACAAAAACAUUGUAAUCUUUACAAUCUGUAUAUAAUAAAAAGAUUCAAAUCCAGAAAAAAAACUGCAGAUAGUAAGAAAAGCAGAGAUGAGGAUUCUGAUGAGGAAGAUGAUGCUGUAGAAGCACCAAUAGGUUCAAAAGCGUUAACAGUGAAUCUUACAUCUCUUCGAUUUGAUGCUCUUUGCAAAGCUGGAUUUGGAAUAACACGCAAUAAAAUAGAAGAAGCAUUUUAUGCAAGCAAGUUUCGUAUAAAUGGAAAGAAAGUGUUUAAAAAAUCUGUAGAGGUGGAGGUAGGAGAUGAAAUUGAUUUAGUUUUACAUCGAAAGGAGGAUAAUCCUGAUUUUCUAGUUGUAAAUAGAAUUUUGAUAUUAUCAAUGAGUCCUGGAAUUGAUAAUGUGCGAAUCAAAAUAUCCAGGGAUAAAAACCUAUUAAUUGAAGAUUACGAUGAACCAUGGUCAGUCUAAUAAUUUAAUUUUUAACAUGUUAAUAGUAAAAUUGUAUUAACUUUGCAACUGUAAUAAAGAGAUAUUCUAUACUUCUAUAGUA